GCUACUUCCGCCUCCGUCAAACACAAGUCCAAGUCUCAGGACCGGUUUUUACAUCUUAUCCUCGAAUUGACGUCAUAGGCAUACAAUCAGUUAUAUAUCGUUCACUUCGACAAGCUGUUCAUGACCCCACACAUUUGAUCAAACCGUCACCUACCGUCUCACCCCCCUCCACAUAGAAAACUGUCCAAAUCCUGACUCUUGAAGUUAACACAGCAGUUAUGCUCACAGACAGAGGAAUGGCGAGUACGCAGAAAACGAGGAUACCUUUGAUCAUGGGGACUAUGACAAUCGGGAAUGAGGGCGCGUUUGGCUCAAGGAUACAUGACUUGGGUACGGCUCAAAAAGUCAUUGAUGUGUUCAGGUCGCAUGGGCAUACUGAGUUAGACACAGCAAGACUCUAUGGCGAUGGGACCACCGAAGAGAUGCUUUCCAAGUUAGAUUGUUCGGGGUUGUCGAUCGAUUCCAAAUGCUUCCCAGUGAAACCGGGUGAUCACAAGCCAGACCGCCUCAGAGCGACUCUGGAUAAGAGUUUGGAUGCCCUCAAUGUGCCAAAGCUUCGCGUGUUUUAUUUACACGCCCCAGAUCGAUCAGUUCCAUUCGAGGAGACAUUAAAAGCUUGCGACGCACUGUACCGACAGGGAAAGUUUACAGAGCUCGGCCUCAGUAAUUUUGCUGCGUGGGAAGUAGCCAUUAUAUGGGGAAUUUGCGACAAGAAUGGCUAUGUCAAGCCAACGAUUUAUCAAGGUAUGUAUAAUGCCAUUACCAGGUCCAUCGAAACCGAGCUUUUUCCUUGCUGUCGAUCUUUGGGAAUCCGUUUGGUUCUCUAUAAUCCGCUAGCUGGGGGCUUUUUCGCCGGGAAGAUCACGAAGCCUGAUGAUCAGAUUGAACCGGGUGGCCGUUUCGAUCCCAGCCAUAGACAAGGCGUGAUGUAUCGCGAACGAUACUUUCGUGACAGUUAUUUCAAGGCAUUGGAGAUUCUCAAAGCUUCACUGAAAGGUUAUCCUGACACAACUUUGGUGUCAGUGGCAGCUCGAUGGCUACAACAUCAUUCUGCGCUGAAGCCCGAGGAUGGCAUCAUCUUUGGCGCGUCUUCAGUUGAUCAAAUUGAGAUGAACUGCACCAAAUCGGAAGAAGGCCCACUUCCGGAAGACAUUCUUGCGGCGGUGGAUCUAUCCUGGGAAAUUGUCAAAUCUGAAUGCCCAUCAUACUGGAGAUGAGAUGUCACCUGCAUGUUUGUAUGUGAUUGUAGGGUGGUCGUUCUUCCAGAAUUUGUACACCAAAUCGCUCGCUUGGCGAGAUGAAAAAUUCUCGGACUCAAUCUAUCUUAAAAUUAUUGUAGCUCCUUCACCAUUACCAGUGCUUAACCUAAGUAGGAAACCACAUGUUGAACCAGAUAAUGACGGAUUGGGAUGAAGAUGAGGUUAGCAAUAGGGGUCCUCAAGUUGAGAAAAAUCGUGUUUGAAUUACACUUGGACCGUGUUUGAAUUGUUAAUUUAUUUCAUUG